CAUUCUUGCUCUACACAGAGGAUGCUUUUGACAAAUUUGUUGAAGCAACUCCUCCAGAAAUGCAACGUUCAGAUCUAGCACCUGCCAUUCUACAGCUGAAAGCUCUGGGCAUCGAUAAUGUCUUGCAAUUUAAUUUUCCCUCACCGCCACCAACAAAAAAUCUCCUGUGUGGCCUAGAACUGCUUUAUGCUUUGGGGGCCAUUGACAAUAAUGGAGAAUUGACAAGUCCGCUGGGAGCAACAAUGGCAGAAAUGCCAUUAGAUCCUGUCUAUGCCAAGUGUUUAAUAAUCUCAGGUACUAUGGAAUGCUCUGCGGAGAUAACAAUCAUCCUAGCUAUGCUUCAGGUACAAAAUGUGUUUACAAUACCCGGAGGGGGUCAAGCAGCUCUGAAAGCACGAGUUGCACGUCGCAAGUUCGAAGCAGAAGAAGGGGAUCUGAUCACGUUGUUGAAUGUCUAUACGGCCUAUGAGUCCCAGAAAGUAACAAGCUGGUGUCACCAGAAUUUUCUCAAUCACAAAACGCUACGAAGAGCCACAGAAAUUCGUACCCAGAUGUGUAAAAUGCUUAAAAAGUUGAAUAUUCCACUUAUCUAUUGUCAAGGUGACACCGAAAAGGUUCUGAGGUGCAUUACUGCCGGCCUGUUUCCCAACACUGCGUAUCUUCAUUACACUGGGGUGUACAGGACCGUUCGAGGUAGCAGGGAACUUCACAUUCACCCCAACAGCUGUUUGUACACUGUUCAACAGCCUCAAUGGCUCAUCUUUUGCGAAAUUUUGCACACCAGCAAAACGUACAUGCGAGAGUUGACAGUUGUAAAACCAGAAUGGCUGGAAGAACUAGCACCUCAUUUCUACCAAAGACGUGCCAUCGAUCCCUUCUAGCCCCCCAACGGAUGAAAAUGAAUGGAUCGCUGUUUUAAAAUACAUCAUAAACGAUGGAAGAAUUUGCAAGCACUAAAACCAUGAGAGAAUUUUCAAUUUUUCCAUCAAUGACUUUCAUUAGAUAGAAAAAAUAGAUAUGAAUUUUGGCAACUAAUAAAUUGGUACUUUGUGUAAACCGAGUUGAUUUAUUUUUUGUUGUCGUGAUCAAUACUCGAACUGAAUCCGCUUACUUAUUUCUACCGAUGCUGCAUAUUAAAAAGUUCUGUAAGUGAUAAGUGAACUUGAAAAUUUCCUGUACAUCCUUAGAGUCUUGCAACGUUUUGAAUACAAAAUAGGAUAAUUUUAGGAAAUUUGAUGGAAUAUGAAAUCACGGGAUGGUAAGAAAAUUAGGAACAUUAAUUAUAGCCAACCAAAAAUUGUUGAGCAAAAGAUAGGAAUUUAUGUAAAAAUAAAUGGGACUCUUUAGUGGAUUGGUGCAAGGUGCGUAAAUUUAAUAAGUAUAAGAAGAAUACACAAGUUUCCUAAGAAAUAUAAAAAUAAGUAAGUUGAAAUAUUUAUCUACGUGUAUGGUUUGAGUGAAUGGGUUAUUCGGCACGAUGUUUUUGCAGUUUUGCAUAUCUGUAAACCUCGAGGACAGAUAACUAACUUAUGAAACUUCGUGAUUAAAUUCACGUAAAUGUAUAAAGCUUCAACUUUCAGAUUUUCAGUGUGAUCUGUUGAGUUC